CUUGCCUCAGGGAAUUGUGGGUAGCCGGAAGUAUGGUUUGUUGCCAUUGCUUGCUAUGGCGACGGGGACGCUAUCUGUACUCUUUUGCAGAUUUUUUCUCUUUUGUCUGCUCAAGUCCAGUAUUUACAAAGGCCAGCGGUUUUCAAUUCUUUUUCAGCAGCCCUCAGACUGCGGCGUCGAUAAGUUUUUUGAUACAUCAAGUUUAUCUUGCGUAAAAUGUGGACCAAACCAAAUACGCGGUAAAUCUGGUACUAUAUGUGUGUGCCAGACGGGAUUCAGAGUGGUUUCCAGUAACGGCCCGGCAAUAACGUGUCAGCAAUGCCCAGCUGGUGCCAAAUCGGGUGUUACAAGGGAUGGCUAUGGAUGUAUAACAUGUCCCUCAGGCCUGAGCGAAGAUGGAACAUGCCAGUGUCCUGCAGGGAGCGUGUUGGUGGAAAGGGCUUUGAAUGGGAGCCUUCUGGAAGAGGCCGUAUGUCAACCCUGCAACUCGACAGAGCCUGCUUACACAGCCCCUGACUCGGCUGGGAUCAGGUGUGCAAGGUGUCACGACUCCUUCAUCAACACUUCCCUCUCGUGCACGUGUGGUGCAACACAAGUCUCUGUGGGAGGUCUGUGUUUCCCUCCAAAUAAUCUGCCAACAUCUGUUGCUUCAAACAUCAUCUAUAAUCAACUGGCACUGCCUGUCCAGUCAGUAUGGUUCUCCAGAUAUCUGCACUCCUCAGCUCUGUCCUGCUUGGUUUUCUCCAACCUCACAGCCUGCCAGGCCCUGGGCAACAUGUGUGUGAUGAACAUGCACUCCCUCAGCAGCACCAACAACGAUGCCUGCGGGCUUUAUAACAACGUGUUCCGGGCUACUGCUGCACUGGGAGCAGCUCAGUCCAUUUCCUACUGGAGGGUUAAUCUUCCCUGGCUGUUCUAUGGGGACCAGCCUGGCCUGGCAUCCAGAGCCCUGAGGACUGAAGCCCUUCCUGCAGGCUUCACUUUCAAAGGAGCCCAAAAGAAUACAAACAUCAACUUCAUUGCCGCUGUUUACAAUGCGAGGGGAGACUUCCUGAAGUGGGAGACCAUCGGAAAAGGGAACUUACAGCUAUGUCCAGACUCAGCCAGGCGACUCGGCGCAGCGUACACGUUUGGAAUGUCCUACAAGCAAAGCUGUAUCCUGUCGCUAUCUGAGAUGCUAACGGCUUUCCCAGAGCCUCUGUUUUAUGACAUCUUCAUGGACGUCGGCCAGGGUAGCAGCAACAGAGGGAGAAAUCUCCUGUCUGUGCCUGUCCAGAACCUCAAUCUCCAGUUCAAUGAGCAGUUCGUCAACCAAGGAAGUAACAUGAACAAUUGGUUUCUGACCCGACGGAUCUUCCUGGUAGACGCUUUGAGCGGACGUGAAGGCUCGCUGACCUCCCUGCCGAAGGUCAUACGCGUGGCAACGAGCAUAAAGAUAAGUUUUCAACUGGUGCCCAGUACUCUGAAAGGGGAAGUCUACCCACCUUUGAUAUCUGUCUCAUACUCGGAUAUCCUUGUCUCUAACGUCAACACACAGACCGUCCCCGUAUCAUUUUCAAUGGAGUAUGAGAUGGACCAGAGUGAAGCUUUGGUCAAAACCGAUAUUGCUGUCGGAGUCCUGGGUGGCAUUUCCGUGCUGUAUGCCCUCCUGAAGACAGCCAGCUGGAAGCGGAGGAUCGCCUCUCCUAUAAUUGACCUAACUACAGUUCUGAAGUUCUUGUUGUUCUAUGCUGGAGACCUCGCCAAUGUGUUCUUCAUAAUCACCAUGGGAACUGGCAUCUACUGGCUAAUUUUUUACAAGAUGGUGGAGGCCCAGCAAUUUGUGUCAGUCCUCUUGCCACUGCCAAAACAAGAGGAGAAAUUUAUCACCUACGUGGCCUGUGCUUUUGCACUGAAGGCAAUCCAAUUUUUACACAAACUGGUCCAUCAGUUGUCUGUGGAUAUAUUCUUGAUUGACUGGGAGAGACCAAGAGGGAAAAGCACCAGGACCCUGGAAGGGACAGGCGACCCUAAGAACAUGCCCUCCCCUGUGAGUAUAUGGAGGACGUACUUCGUGGCCAAUGAGUGGAACGAGAUCCAAACCAUCCGGAAAAUCAACCCCACCUUUCAGGUGGCGGCGGUCCUGUUUUUCUUGGAGGUGGUGGGCUUCGCCAAUCUGGCCCUGAGGGACCCUUCCUCAGAUCUCAACCGAGAACCAGAAGCCUAUUACCCACCUUGGAGCCUUAUCCUCAGAUACGGCGUAGCCACAACCGUUUGGCUUGUCAUUGGCUUCCUGCAGAUGAUUUUCUUCACUGUGUUUUACGAGAGGUUUGUGGAAGACAAGAUCAGGCAGUUCGUGGACCUCUGUUCAAUCAGCAAUAUCUCCGUGCUGCUAUUUUCCCACCGUUGCUUUGGGUAUUACAUCCAUGGCCGCUCUGUCCAUGGCCACGCCGACACCAACAUGGAGGAAAUGAACAUCAACUUGAGGAGAGAGGGGGAAAACCUCUGUGGCCAGAGAGGACUUCUCCCCAACACAGACACACAGACCUUCCAGGUGGCGAUCACGAACAGACUGCGGCAGCAGUAUGACAGGAUCCUGGAGCCACUGAGUAGGAGGAACGGGCCAAUGCGACUCGUGGACGCUUCCGCCAACCCGUUUGAUCAGAGCGUAAAAGCGUACCACACCAUGAACAGGUUUCUGGGCUCUGUGAUCGACCACGCACACAGAGAACUGGAUUAUAUUGUGAAGGACAAACUGAUUCUUGAAAGACUUGCUGGAAUGGAAUUCAUGGAGCCAAAUGACAAAAGCAUAUUUUAUAAUGAUGAAUCUCAUUCAUUCAGUGAUGUUCUUUACUAUGGCAACGAAGCCACUCUGCUUAUUUUCGACACACUGUUUUUCUGCAUCGUGGAUCUGAGCAGUCAGAGUUUCAUUUUGGCUGCAGUUCUGACCUACAUGCAACAACUGAUCUUCCAGUUGAUACGCAAUAUCUUUGGACGAAGAAAUCUGGCAACAAAGACCCUAGUCGAUAAAAGGUUUCUUAUAUAGGGAUUUGUCUUGAGUAUUAAGUAAUUAUAACAAUGUGUUAAUAACCAAGGUCUCCAUCUAAUUUUUUAAGUGUGUAAUUUUUUUUGAAAAUUUUAUUUAUGAUUUAUAAAACUUCUGACCUUUUUUGUAAUGUAUACUGACAGUAAAACAGCUUCGGUACUUUGUUACUGGUUGUACUGGUUUUACUGGUUGUCAUGUGGCUUCUCUGUAUUCACAGUUUCUGUUAAUAAAGGUAUUUCAUUUUUAA